CAUCAUAGUAGCAGUAUAUCCUUUUACAUGACAAACCUAAACCCGAGCCGCUGAAAACUUUCUCGCCUCCCUCUCCAUAAACGCCACCGCAAGCCGCAGCACAGAACUGCGAAUUCAAUCGGGUUGGGUUUUGCAGCUGAUGCUUCGAUUGGCGAUCGGAUCGUCGGCCAACAAUCUCUGCCACGACCGAGCAGCAUUUCUCCAAUACUCUCUUCGUUUCUGUCUCUUCAGUUCAUGUCUUCUGUUGAUAGCACCGGCUAUGCAACAAGCCCUCCUUUUCAGAAAAUACCUUUAGUUUUCCGCCACUUUUAUAUGCACCUGUCUUCAUUACCUGAUCGUAUUUAUCAAAGUUGUUGUUUGUUCAGUUCAAGGCUAUAUACGCAACAUGAGUGAUUCUAAGAUGCUUUUAUUUGGUUCCUUUACUGAGGAUGAAACCAAAUCAUGGUUUACACAGUCAUCUGGAAAUACUGAAACGAAGACUUUUGACAAGAAAGUAUCACAGGAUGAUUCAUCAAAAUCAGCCCCUGAAUUAUCUUUUGGCAGUUUCAGCACUGCAUCAAUCAUGAAGCCUGAUUCCUCAAAAGGACAAGAAUCCCGUAACACUCACGAGGAGAGAGCCAGGGGUGUUAAGCCAGUGGCAGAUAUCUCUUCAGUGGUUCUUCAACAAAAUGGAGGGAUUCCCAAUGCAAUCACAAAUGGAAAUGAAGGAUCUCCAGUGGUCAAGAAUGUCAAUAUUACCAGUUUGUGCAUCUCUGAGAACCAAAAUAAAGCAAGCAGUCAGUUCCAUAAAGCAACCUGCAGUGAUCUGAGCUCAAAUGGAGAAAAUUCAAAUGGGAUGAUCAAUGAUUCAGCAAGGAUGCCACACUCUGAAGAUCUAAAGUCAUCUGAUGGGCCGCUGUAUAUUGGUGACUUGCUACCUCGAGGCUUGAUCAACUCAGGGAAUUUAUGUUUCCUUAAUGCUACAGUGCAAGCCCUUUUAUCCUGCACUCCAUUUGUAGAGAUUUUGCAAAGGCUGAGGGUUCGUAAUAUUUCCAAGGUUGAGUAUCCAACAAUAGCUGCAUUUUCUGGAUUUAUUGCUCAUUUUACCAUUCCAAGCUCGUCAAUUGCUACGAAGAAAGAUGUGAAUGAUAUUGAAAUUGGCAUGCCAUUUAGUCCUACUAUGUUUGAAAUGGUUCUGAAGAAUUUUACCCCUGAUGUGCCAGCUACUUUCUCAGGCAGGCCAAGACAAGAGGAUGCACAAGAAUUUCUAUGCUUUAUUAUGCAUCAAAUGCAUGACGAACUACUCAAGCUUGAGGGGCAAUCAAAUUUAGAUGGAGGAAAAUCAUCUCUUGUUUCUUUAGAAGAAGAUGAUGGGUGGGAGACAGUUGGCCCAAAGAACAAGUCUGCUGUAACAAGAAUGCAAAACUUUGUUCCUUCACAAUUAAGUACAAUUUUUGGAGGACAAUUACGAAGUGUUGUGAAGGUUAGAGGGAAUAAAGCCUCUGCCACGGUUCAGCCAUUCCUUUUACUCCACCUUGAUAUCUCACAUGAAGCUGUACAUACCAUUCAAGAUGCUCUUCAUCUGUUUUCAGCCCCUGAGACACUUGAGGAGUACCGAACAUCACCAAUGGGGAAGGCUGAAAUAGGGACUGCCAGAAAAUCUAUUAGCAUACAAACACUUCCUAGGAUCAUGAUUUUACACUUGAAGCGAUUUGGCUAUGGAAGUCAUGGAAGCACCAAAUUGCAUAAACCUGUGCAGUUUCCACUUGAACUGGUGAUAAGCCGUGAUUUACUUGUUGCUUCAACUAAUGAGAGUCGGAAAUACGAGCUGGUUUCCACAAUAACUCACCAUGGGAGGGAAGCAUCAAGGGGACACUAUACUGCUGACUGCCGCUACCCUGGUGGGAAAUGGCUACGGUUUGAUGAUGCGACUGUUACUGCUGUCAGCACCAUCAAGGUGCUGCAUGACCAGGCUUACAUUCUUUUCUACAGACAAGUAUAGAAGAUCAACGGCAAUUUACACAGUAACAAUACAAGGAAAAGAAUGCAGGCCGAUGCUGAAGAGUAGAUCUGGUCAACAAACCAGGUACUUGGCGAUUCCCAAAGUGCAGUGUCUACUCUAUCUCAAAGAUAUGAUCAGUUUAGUUAACACUUGUAUUUGUUUGCCUACAAUCAAAUGCUAUAUCCAUCCAGUGCCUGUUAGGAGACAAAUUUAACACAUACUAGCAAUUUUGUUACUAUUUAUGUAUUGAAUCUUUCUAUUCCUUAAAGAAAACCAUGUCCCCAUUGCAUUGAAAAA